AUGAGCCAGCUGAAGGUUAUUAGUCGCCGAGCCGAGCGCAUAGUAAGCAUACACGGCUGCGAAAGGAGCAAGAGCUUUGCGCGAGCGCUUUUUCAGGCCGAUCCUUGGAGAAGAAAGCUCACUCAACGUCACCAUACAAUGCCUCAACCAUUUGCUACGACAUAUACGAGGAGCGACUACCCUCUCUUCGCUGUUGACUUUGACCCAGAAGAUGAUUCGCGCAUCGUCGCCGGCGGCGGCGGCGGCCCCAAUCGUUCCGGCGUGCCCAACAAACUGACCGUCUUGGAAACCUCGGGCGUCGACGACCUGCGCAUCGUGGGGGAGCUCGAUCUACCGCGCACCGAAGAUAGUGUCAUGUCCCUUGCAUUCGCCGGGCGCAAAGGGAAGACGAUCAACGUUCUUGCUGGCGUCAAUUCGCAUCAGGAUGAGGUUCUCAAGGGAAACAAUAAGCACCUGCGCAGCAUUUCGAUUCGAGGCACCGGCUCCGACACGACCGUCAAGGAGGACAUGCGCCACCCGCUCAUUAUCGACUCGGCCUCGGCUGUAUACCAGAGGCUGCUGCGAGUCGCCGGGACCCUCGGCGCAGUGGCGUCUGCCAAUGGCAAGGACCCUCAGAUCGCACUCUUCGACGUCGCAAGCAGCAAGGGCAACACACUGAAACCGCGUGGGACGAUUGAGCUCCCCAGAGAAGCGGAAGACGUCGACAUUGUGCAGCUCGCGGACGGAAGCCAUUUGCUGACAUACUGCUACGGCUACGAAUUGUUCCUGGUCAAGAUUGGCAAGGACCAAGAAGAUCCACAUCUCAUUUACAGCGUCCCCGAGCAUGAAGCCAGCCGGCCCAAGUUCCGCUUCGCCCGGUUCCUUGGCCCCGAGUUUAUUCUUACUGUCGCCAACAUUGGUCGCACCGGCGCCGUUGUCCACGGCUUUCGCCUCCCCAAGGCAGGGCAGGAAAAGGCGCGCCUGGCCGUGUCCGCCAAGCUGGACGGCAGGACACAAGCCACGGCCUUUGCGCUCGCAAGUCUGACGCGCCCGACCUGGAGCCCCAAGGGAGGCAUCGAAUCUCUCGGCGACACGCAGUUUGUCAUUGCCGUGGCGCGCGGAAACGCUUCCAUUUCUCUCCUGUCGCUCACGCACGUCGCAUCACCGGCCAUCAACCUGCUCACCAAGCUGCACCCUCUGACAACGCUCCAGGGCGUCCACGGUAACAGCGAAAUUACGGGCAUGGCGCUGUCCACGUUUAGCACGCCCACGAAAAAGGCGGUGGCAGGGGAGACGCAACACCUCAAACUCGUGAGCGUCACAAUGUCCAAGUCGAUUGCGCUGCAGAGCAUCCCCCUCAAACAAUUCAUCGACAAGACGCCGCGGAACAAGAAUGCGCCCCCGCUACCCGUCCGCUACGUCACCCAGCUGGAGGCCAGACAGCCAACGACGGCCAGGACCGCCAUUACGCUCUUUUCAUUUGUGGUGCUCCUUCUCGGGCUCAUCGGCCAGUGCAUCUUCGAGAUGAUGGGCACGGGCUAUCCGAUCCUCAAACCGCAGCGCUUCUUCUCGAGUGCCUCGACGCCGGCCAACACGCCCAUUGUCGCGCCACCGCCUUUGAUGCGGCACCACGCCGCGCCGGUGGUCGCCGAGGUGGACAGCGCAUCGCUGCUGCGGGACGACUUUCUUGCCAAUAUUGCCGGCGACGGGCCGGUGCCCACCGACAUUGUCGUCUUGGUUGCCGAGACGCUCGCGCCUGCCGCUGGCGAGGCCGCAGGUGGCACCACUGCCGCGGGUUUCCAAGUCGAGACGCACGACGAGCAGGUCCACGGGCCGGGCAAGUCGUGGGAGGACCUGGCAGAAGCACAGCAGCACGCUUGGAAGGCUCGGUUGCGUGAUGCCGGCGCAUGGACGCAGCAGAUGGGCGAAAAUGUCUUCAAGGGCGUCUUAUUUGGCGAGAUUGGCGGUGCCAUUGGUCAGGCCGUGGCUGGCUAA